GCGCGGAAGAAUAAGGCAGGAUGGACGUGUACGACCCUCAGACGCUGGGUGUUAUGGUCUUUGGAGGUUUCAUGGUGAUAUCAGCCAUUGGAAUCUUUCUGGUAUCCACCUUCUCCAUGAAGGAGACAUCUUACGAGGAAGCCUUGGCCAAGCAGCGCAAAGAGCUUGAGAAGACCCAGCAGCACAAAAUGGAGAAAAAGAAGAAAGAGAAACCUGUUGAGAAAAAAGGCAAAGCGAAGAAAAAGGAAGAGAAACCUAAUGGAAAGAUACCUGAGCAGGAGCUGACUCAGGAAGUGACAGACUCUUCCAAGGAUGUAGUUCUUGAGCCUGCUGUGGUGUCUGAGCCUGUAAUUAUUGAGUCUCCAGUUGCAGCAGUGUCAGCGACCCCUCAGGAAAAGGAGAAGCCUGCCCCAUCUCCUAAGGAAAAGAGGAAGAAGGAAAAGAAGGUGGCAAAGGUGGAACCUGCUCCUAGCCCAGUGUUGGCUUCACCUCCCAUCAGUGUCCCCAAGAGUUCCCCUGUCUUGGAGGCGACCCCCAAGGAAGUGCCUGUUGUGGCUGUGCCACCAGUUGGCACGCAGCAAAGCGCUCCAGUCAUCAACUCCGUUGCUGUCAAGAAAGCCGAUGCUCUUGCCACCCAUGAGGAGCAGAAGCACGAUGGAGCUGUCAAGAAGAAGGCUGCAUCCAAGAAAAAGAGCGAGCCAGCACCCGUGGACUCAGAUGGGCCCCUCUACCUGCCCUACAAGACACUUGUGUCCACCGUCAGCAGCAUGGUGUUCAGUGAGGGGGAGGCCCAGCAGCUGAUCGAGAUCCUGACGGACAAAGCGGGCAUUGUCCAGGAUACCUGGCAUACGGCAACACAGAAGGGUGACCCAGUUACUGUCCUAAAACGCCAGCUGGAGGAGAAGGAAAAACAACUUGCUGCCGAGCAAGAGGAUGUGUCUGCUGCCAGAAACAAGCUGCGGGAGCUGAGCAAGGAACUCACGGCGGAGAAGGCCAAGGCAGUGGCCGUUGAAAGCAAGCUGAAAGAGCAGCUGCUCACUCGCGAACGAGAGAUUGCUGCCGUUCAAGCCCGAAUGCAGGCCAGCUACCAGGAUCACGUGAAUGAAACGCAGCAGCUCCAAGGAAAGAUUCGGGCUCUGCAAGAGCAGCUGGAGAAUGGCCCCAACACCCAGCUUGCUCGCCUGCAGCAGGAGAACUCCAUCCUGAGGGACGCGCUCAACCAAGCCACCAGCCAGAUGGAGAGCAAGCAAAAUGCUGAGCUGGCAAAGUUACGACAAGAAUGCAACAAGCUGACGAAAGAGCUGUCUGAAAAACUGGAGAUGCUGCAGCAGGAGGAGCAGCAGAAAAAGACCUGGGAAAUCAAAGCGGUGGCCUCUGAGAAGCAGAUCGAGCAGCUACAGACUUCCCAAAGAGAGGUGGAGGUGAUGCUGCAGAAGAGGCUGGACGAAGUAAGCGACGAGCUCCGCAAAACCCAGAGCAGCUACAAAAGCCUGCUAGCAGAGACAGAAAAGGCCAAAGGACAGCAGCAGAGCAUUGCUGAACUGCAGGCCAAGCUGCUGAGCUCCGAAGCGGAGGUUAAAAGCAGAUUGUCGGAGCUUGACAGCCUGAAGGGGAAACUGCAGGAUGCCAGCUCAGAGAACGUGAAGCUUGUGGAGAGGAUCAAAUCCAUCGAAGCUCUGCUGGAAGCGGGCCAGAUGAGGGAGGCAGAAAAGGACAGAGACUUGCAGGCAGCCAAUGAGGCAGAAAUGAAGCAGCUGCGGUUAAGGCUCGAAGAAAAAACCGACCAGCUCUCAUCCUUGGAAAGGGAAGCGGCAGAGCUGAGGGAGACAGUGGAGCAGCAAAAGACAAAAAACAACGACCUCCGUGAGAAGAACUGGAAAGCAAUGGAAGCGUUAGCCACAGUGGAGAAGGCAUGCGAAGAAAAACUGCGUGCUACCACAAAAGCAAAGGAGGAAUCGGAACAACAACUUGACACGCUCCAGAUGCGAACCAAGGAGAUGCUGCUGUCUGCCUUCCCAGAAGUCACCAUCUCCUUGCAGCAGGAUUAUGAUACGUGGCUACAAGAGUUUAAGGAGAAGGCAGUGGAUGUGCUAAAGCAACACCUGACUGCAAGAGAGCACCUGGAUUCAGCACUUAAAUUGAAAGAGGCAGAGGAAGCGCAAAGCACUUUACAAGCAGAAUGUGAGCAGUACAGAGCUAUCCUUGCAGAGACGGAAGGGAUGCUGCGAGACCUGCAGAAGAGCGUGGAGGAGGAGGAGCAAGUGUGGAAAGCAAAGCUCACAGUGUCUGAAGAGGAGCUACAAAAGUCACAAGUCCAGUUGAAAUCCGUUGAAGACAUGGUAGAGAAGUUGAAAGCAGAGCUGCAGAGCACAGACCAGCUAAAAGAAUACACCUCUCUUCUGGAAGCACAACUGGAAAAUCACUUGGAGACGGCCAGUUCUGAACGCCAAAACUAUACAAAAGAAGUCGAAGUUCUGAGGCAGCUCUUAUCAGAGUCCCAGGAGCAGCUGGAGACAGCGAAGAUGGAAACACAGAAGCAGAGCAAGGAGCUGGCCCUGGUCAGGCAGCAGUUGAGUGAGAUGAAGAGCCACGCGCAGGAUGGAGUAGUGGGGUUACAAGCUGACCAAAGCGACCCCGCGCCCCUCGAGUUGAAAACUCAGCUAGAGCAAAAUGAAGCUCUUGUGGAGAAGGAGCAAGCGCUGAGGCAAAAGUUAGCGCUGGAACUGGAGGAAGCACAAAGGUCUGCAUGCAGUUUGCAAGCAGAGCUGGAAAAGCUGAGAUUGGCUGAAAAUGCAGCAACUUCCGACACGGAGGAGGCCCUGCAGCUCCAGGAAAGACUUGAAAAAGAAAAAAAAUUAACAAAGGACUUGGGCCGGGCAGCAACCAAACUACAAGAGCUACUGAAGGUUACCCAGGACCAACUGGCCAAAGAGAAAGAAACAGUGAAGAAAUUGAAAGAACAGCUUCAGGAAAUGGGGGAAGAGGACGGUUCAAAGGAAGGGACUUCCGUUUGAUCACUCUGUGACCUAGAGCUUACUCUUCCACUUACCAAAAUGCCUUACACAUUCCUAAAAUAAAAAUAUAUGCUCAAUUUACUGUAGAUAAAAGAUACAAGCCAUUAGUGACACAAAACCUAAUUUUAAAACCUUAAAAAUACCAGUAAACACUGCAGGUAUACAUUUGUAAGAAAAUCUUCAUACCGUUUUGUACAACUAUUC